AUGUUCCGGGCCGCUGCCCUAGAUGAACAGGCGUCAAGUAUUAACAUCAGCCUAGGAACUGUGAAAAGGAAGCAAGGACUGUAUCCUCAGAAGUUUUGCCAAGAUAAAUGGAUUGGUUUCGAAAACAAAUGCUAUUAUUUCUCUGAAGAUGAGAAAGAUUGGAAUUUAAGUAGAAACCACUGUUCUGCUCAAAAAGCUGAUCUAACUAUGAUUGACACCCCGGAAGAAAUGCAUUUUCUUAGCCGCUACAAAUGCACUUCUGAUCACUGGAUUGGCCUGACGAUGACAGCAAACCGAGAAGGAAAAUGGAUAAAUGCAACCAAAUUUAACAAAUGGUUUACUGUGAGAGGGAAUGAAGAAUGUGCUUAUCUCAAUGGUGACGGUGUAGCGACAGCUAGAUGCUACACAGAAAGAAAAUGGAUUUGCAGGAAAAAUAUAUACUAA